AUUUCCGGUAAAACCGGAAGAGGCGCCAAAAUUGAAAUGUUUUCCGAAUGGUAAAGGUAAACAAUCGGUCUUUGCGUUGAUUUAUAACAGUAAUUCUUAAGUUUAGUUUCCAUAAAGUAGGCUCGUAUGUGAAAAUGGACCCAACAGCUCGGUUUUUUGCUAAGCUAAGGAAGCUGGCGGUGACUCUGGAGACAGAAGCUACCAAACUACAGCAAGACUUUGAAAACCGUAAUAACGAGGAUGACAGUGAAGCAACAACGAGAGCGAUGAGAGCCUAUCACGAUCUGAACUGUGACGUUGGAAACCUAAAGGGUCAGAUCCAGGAACAUUUGGCUCAGCAGAAAACUCGAGAGAACGAGGUGAGCAGCUUCAUUAAGGCCUGCAAAGUGAUGGAGCAGAGGUUCACUAAGGACAUCCAGACACUGAGAGGACACUGGGAAAAAUAUGGGUACCAAGCUCCACAAGACACCCAGAAAACAACCCGGUCUAAAAGUCAGGAGUCAGAGGCUGAAGCUGAAGUCACAAAUGAGGGUGAAACAUCAGCAGAAGGAGAAGAGGAAAGCCAGGAGGAAGCAGGAGACGAUCCUUGCUCUUUGCCUCCAAUCCCAGGACCUCCGGCAUUCACUGACGUGAUGCGAACCCCUCAGCUCUCUGACUUCGGCCUGUCUGAGAUGCAGCUGAAGAGAGCUCUGGCUGGGGUGGAGUGGUGCUCUGAAGCGCCGCCUAUGCCUGAGAUGAACCUCCCUCACCCAGUACUCCGCACCCCGGCUCCCCCACCCAUGUCCUUGACUCCCAAACGUGCCCUGCGAAUGGAUGAUGAAGAGCUACAGACGCCACAGAUGCAUGACUUUGGAAUCUCAGAGCACACCAUGUGUCUGAACAACGACUUCACGAUGGAUCUUUUUAAGAAGAACGUGACAAAGCCCCAGAGACCAUCAGAGGACAUACCUUCGCCACCAAAUAAGUCUCUGAUGGAAAGUUUGCAAACACAAGUAAAUAAGCUGGAGUCUCCAGAGCUGCCAGUGUUUUGCACCCCAGGGCUGAAGAUCAAAAAGACAAAAGCUCACUGUACCCCAGAUGCUCAAGCCAGUGUAGAUCCAGCAUCCCCUGAUCAUCCUGAAAAUCUUCCCUCAACCCCUGAGGUCCCUGCUUUUCAGACUCCAUACAUGAACCGACUUGUAAGCACUAAAAAGAGUGCACAGCAGACUGAGCCCAUCAAAAUGCAAACUGAAGAUGACAGCUACAACUUUGAACUCCAAACAACUCCUCAUAACAGGCCAUCAGGCUCUAAACGCACCUGGGAAUACAACAUGCCUGAGAUAUCCAUCAUGGGAGUGGAGGACAAGCAGGUGCCAGAGAUGCCAAACCUGGAGUCUCUUCUGGGAAAUUCUCUACAAAAUAGAAGUGCAAAAAUCCCAAAGAAGACCAGUGAGUGUAAAGAGGUAACCAAGAAGCCCUCUGUCAAGAGUCUGGAGCUAGAUGGGCCCACCCAAGAGUUCAGCCUUGGGACGCCUCGCAUCAGGAUGGACUACCAAGAGCCAAGCACACCGGAGAUGCCAGACCUCAGCUCUGUCACACAGGACAUCUGUAAACUUUUGUCAGAGGCGCAGAAGAAGAAGACUGUCAUGACAGUUGUGAACCAGAAUGUCAGACCGGAAAAAGAUAGAAAGAGAGCUCUGAGUGUACCUGUGGUGUCAGAGAGCGAGUUCCAGAGUUUACCCAGCUACCUGAGGCAGAUGACCCUCAAGGACUUAAACCAGGCUGUUCACAACAUCAACAAAUACACAGAGGAGUUUCGAGGAGAAAAGACAGAGUUUCAGAUGGAUGAGCUGGGCAGGAUUACCAAUGUUGGAGUCAGGACAGCCGUGUACAUCCUGUGUCUUACUGAGCUCAAGAGGCUGAAUCAUGUAGGAGGAGCCAUGAGCACGUCUGUGUACAAACUGAGCACACACAACUGAAGUUGGUUUUGGUGCUUUACACUGCAUUGUCCAUCAGCUAGAUUCACAAAACACAACAACAGUCAGAGAGGCCAGGACCGUCUCUGGUCGUAUGUCAUACUUGCACCAAUAUACAUCACCAGUAGAAUCCUGAAUCACUGAUAAAGCACAGAGGGCAUGCCUGUUAACUUUUGGCCCUUUUAAAUCAAGUUUGUAAAUAUUUCUCAAUCAUAGCUCUUUAUUAUUUGCACCUCUGGGAAGGGUUAUUUCUGACUGACCUGUGUAUAAUAAAACAGUAACACAUUUCUUCUCAAAAUAUUUAAAUAUGUCAUCUUUUGACUAAAGCAUGGAAUCUGUUAAACUUGACAUAAAAAAUAAAGUUAAACUAAC